CACACAACUCUUAUCAUCAGCUGGAGGGCGAGGAUUUGCAGAGAGGGACGAGAACACCGCCGACGCCGGAGCGCAGAUAGAGACAGAAGAAGGGUCUCGACCCCAAACGUCCCCCAUGCCUUCUCUCCGCAGAUGCUGCCUGUCCCGCUGAGUUACUCCAGCUUUUUGUGUCUAUCUUCGGUUUGAACAAGCAUCUGCAGUUCCUUCCCACACAUUCAAAUGGGAUACCUGUCGAGAUUGUGAUUGUGAGCAGCGAGAGCUUGUGAGUUGCAACGACAGCCAAACGCCGCUCCUUCUUGACUCUCACUUGGAAAGAUGUGUGUGUGUGUGGACGCGGUUGGAUGCUGCAUCUUGCAAAGCGGCGGGCUGCAGUUUAUUUAGGGGGACGGCGAGUCUAAAGGUUUGGUUCAACGACCGGUUAAUUUGUUUCAGGCGGGGUGGCGGGGCAUCGGAUUGAGAAACAGUGCGAUCGCAGCAACUUCCUCUCUUAUGAAGUGGCUGCGUGCAAGAAGGCUGUAGCUGUGGGCUUUUGAGCAUUUUGCAAACAGCGGUCUGGCGCGUGUCAGCUCAUGAGGAUAUACAUACAUAUAUAUAUAUGUGUGUCAUCUGAUGUUCGAAGGCUUUGGGAGCCGCUGUUCAUUCACUUUGAUGGUUCUGUUAGAUUCCAAACAGUGCAACAGAAAGGAAGGGAAUUUCAGCAGAGACUGACUGACUAACUCCUCUUGUCGCUUUGCUUGAGCGCCGUGUGGGCAUUUCUGGCGAUGCCGAUGUGGGCUCCAGCGCUCUGUAUCGCGUCCCUGGCUGUGCUGGCUCUGUUGGCCCGGCGAUGGCUCGCUCAGUAUUUUCAGGACGGGUCGGACAGCGACCAUGCCCCGCGGCUGAUCUGCAAACCGUCGGCGCUGGCCAAAUACCUGCUCAAAACGUGCCUGGCCGUGAGAGCGGGGUCCCAGCCCCGCUGGCUGUGGAGCAGGUUGCCUCACCUGCAGACGGUGUGGAGUGGGGUGUGGACAGCGGGCGCGGCCGUACACUUCACCCGGGAUUACCUGCAGUUGGCGGACGAGGGUCUGGUGGCGCUGGACUGGGCAGUGGCGGCGGCCGGCACCAGGAGGCGAACUUCCAGCAAUUCCCCAGCGCCCAUCGUCCUUGUCAUCCCCAACUCCUUCGGCAAGAUCACCAGCAAUGUCAUCAAGCUCUGUGCCUCAGCCCUGGAUUGUGGCCAUCGGCCAGUAAUAUUUAAUAGAAGAUGCCAGAAUGGAUGCCUUUUGACGACACUGAAGCUGCAGCAGUUUGGUGAUCCAUCUGAUCUCAGAGAAGCAGUCAGAUACAUUCGAUACAAACAUCCAAGUGCCAGGCUCUUCACUGUAAGCGAGAGCACAGGUGCUGGGCUGUUGCUCUCCUACCUUGGCGAGUGUGGAUCCUCCAGCUAUGUGACAUGUGCUGCCUGCAUCUCACCCAUCUUCAGAUGCCAGGAGUGGUUUGAGAAAGGAUCGCCCUGGCUUUAUCAUUGGCUUCUGCUCCUUUAUCAAAAAACUUGGCUGAGCAGGUACACCACUGCACUGGGUGAGAUCAUUGACAUGGAGAAGUUGUUUGCUACACAGACUCUGAAGGAGCUUGAGGAGGCGCUGUUCUGCCAAACAAAGAAGAGCAACUUGACGUGGGACGCGUACUGGGAGAAGAACGACCCUCUACGAGACGUGGACGAGGUCGCGGUGCCGGUGCUGUGCAUUUGCAGCCAGGAUGACCCCUGCCGAGGGGACGCGGACACAACCCUGCCCUUCGAGCUAUUCGAAACCAACCCACAUUUCUUCCUCCUGCUGACCAAACAUGGUGGCCACUGCGGCUUCUUGAAGAGCAGGUCCUCCGCAUGGAGCCACGAAGUGUUGCUGGAGUAUUUUAAAUCUGUCAGUGAAUUCUUCGUGACAGAGGAAAGGACAAAAAGUUUAUCAAAAAGGAAAUGUGCCGGAGCUGUAAACUCUAUGUCUUACAAAUGCGGCAGAGGUAAUAGCAACAGAGGGGACGCAUUUUGCUCUCACAAUAUUCAUGAAAUUUUCAGCUGGCAGAGGUCCUACACCAGGUGAUUGAAAAUUAGGAUCCAUCAGGAAAUUACGGUUCUUGUUGACUUUAAAAGUAAAGUUAAUGCAGCUCUGUUUUACACGCACCAUAAAAUGCCAUGUCGUUAGUGUGGACACGGGAGCAGCAAUUUUAAGUGUUAUUGAGGAUUAGACUUUUUAUUUGGUAACUUAAUUUCCAGGCAGCUAGAAAAAGAAGAAUAUACCCAUUCUUUUUCGUGGAGAUGAAUCUACAACAUUUCAAUGCUUAAGAUGGAACUGCAGAUGCGGGAAAAAUCGAAGGUAGAUAAAACUGCUGGAGAAACUCAGCGGGUGAGGCAGCAUCUAUGGAGCGAAGG